AUGCAAGAGGUCAAUCAAGAUCCAAGACUCUUACCCAAUAUCACUCUGGGCUACAGCAUCUAUGAGACCUACUUCAAUUUAAGAAUGACUUAUGAGGCCACAAUAGACUUACUGUCAACUGGGCAGCAGAAGGUCCCAAACUACAGUUGUGGAAGACAGAGUAACAUUUUGGCAGUUCUUGACGGGGCUGACUUUGACAUCUCCAGCCAAAUUUCAACAAUGUUGGGCUUCUACAAAAUCCCACAGCUUCACUCAUUCCUGAGAAACUAUCGCUUUUACAAUACUUCCUUGGAUGGAACUUAUCUGGAUGAGAAUGGAGACCUGGCAGCUAACUUUGAUAUUGUGAACUGGGCAGCUUCUCCCAAUCUAUCUCUUGACAGACGAAGAGUUGGGAGACUUGAGAGAUUGGCUUCUGCAAACUUCAAUUUAACCAUUGACCAGAAUGCCAUUGUGUGGCCCAAGUGGUUUAAUCAGACCUUGCCUCUUUCUAAAUGUACGCUAAGCUGCGGCCCUGGAUAUGCCAAGAUGAUUAAGGAGGGAGAGCCAGUCUGCUGUUAUGGGUGCACUCCUUGCAUGGAAGGGACCAUUUCUACUCAAGAAGAUUGCCAUCCUUGUCCAGAUGAUCACUUUUCAAAUAAGGUUCGGGAUCAAUGUGUUCCCAAGAUGACAAACUUCCUGUCUUACAAAGACUCUUUGGGAAUCAUUCUGGCUUUCUUGGCUCUCUUCUUGUCUGUAACCACUAGCCUUAUCUUAGGAAUCUUUAUUAAAUAUCGACAAACUCCUGUAGUCAAAGCCAACAACCGUGAUCUCACAUUCACGCUCCUGGCCUCCCUACUCCUUUCCCUUUUGUCUUCCUUUCUAUUCCUUGGUCGCCCACGGAUGGUAACCUGCCUUCUUCGACAAACUGCUUUCAGUAUCAUCUUUUCAGUUGCCAUAUCUUCCUUGCUGGCCAAAACUGUUACAGUGGUGGUGGCAUUCACGGCCACAAAGCCAGGGAACAGAAUGAGGAAAUGGUUGGGAAAGAGUUUGGCCAAAUCCAUCGUAAUUUCCUGUUCUAUUGUUCAGGUGGUCAUCUGCAUUAUAUGGCUAGGAAUCUCUCCCCCUUUUCCAGAUGCUGACCUGCACUCCCAGCCUGGGCAGAUCAUAUUGCAAUGUAAUGAAGGCUCUAUGGUCAUGUUUUACAGUGCCCUCGGCUACAUGGGUUUUCUGGCUGUCAUCUGUUUCACUGUGGCUUUCCUUGCCAGGAAGUUGCCAGGGUCUUUCAAUGAGGCCAAGCUGAUCACCUUCAGCAUGCUGGUAUUUUGUAGUGUUUGGGUCUCCUUUGUGCCCACCUAUCUGAGCACCAAAGGGAAAUACAUGGUGGCUGUGCAGAUUUUCUCCAUUUUGUCUUCCAUUUCAGGGAUAUUGAGCUGCAUUUUUAUCCCCAAAUGCUACGUUCUUAUACUGAGGCCCAGACUGAACACAAAGGAACACCUGAUGGUGAAAGCUAAAGAGAGUACCUGA